AUGAAACAAACUCCGAAGUUGGUGCGCCUAUCGUCCUUGUCCGAUGAGCAGGCCUUGGAUACCAGCUUGGUCAAAAAGUCGUUUGAAUUGUUUAUCCACAAUCUGCUCUCGGGUGUCACAGGGAACUGGAACCCUGAACAUCUCCGAAAAUUGAUCAAGUUCCACGUUCUGCGGGAUGUUGAUUCGGUAUCCAUCUGCUUCUCCGAACUAGAUGCUGCAACUCGGUCCGAGUUGGCUCCAGGCGACAAAUCCGUCAUCUCAUGCAUCUAUUGCCAAGAUUUGGACGAGUUUAUCGUAACAUCGGUAGAUAUUAUCCGCCUCUUGGAGCAUAUAGUGGAUGAGAAAACCUUCAAGGUGGAGGAAAAAGGUCGGAUCAGAAGAAACUUGCAAAUUCUCAACCCCACAACCGUUUCGUCUAAGGAUCCGGUCUUACAGACAUUCUACAAGCAGUUGAUGGGUAUGAAAAAUCCUAGAACAUGCAAUAUACAGAAAAAGAUCAAGGUAUUCCCCUGGUCCUCAUUGAGCCUGGCCAUCAAAAAGGUUCUAUCCAAAUACGCCAUCGUAAUGCGACCAGGAGAGCUACUAAAAACCGGAAACCUUCAACAGGAGUAUGUUUCGUACAUUCUGCCAGUAAAAAACUCGGUAUUGGAUAACGCUGCAAGAAUGCCGAUGAUCUCCCCAGAGUCUCUGCUCUAUCUUGAAGACCUGUUGGAGCAAAUUCAGGCGUAUCAGCCACAUUUUUUACCACAGGCUCAAUCCCCAGAGAUAAACAUGAUCCCCCUCUCGUACACAAUGGAUACUCCCAUGUUCCCAAUGUCCCAGACGAUCCCUCAUACCAGUAUCUACCAGGGUUACCCCGACUUGGCAAUUUCAGGGGAGGAGCCGUCGUUUGUGUCCCAGUCAAUGCCAACGAUUCCCGUAGUUCUUCAUCCCGACGAUUUCAGUUUUCCUCCAAUAUACUACCACGAUCCACAGAUAUUGUCAAAGGAGACAUUUGCGUUGGACUACGGAGUUUUCGUCCCGCCGAGACCAGACGAGGCGGUCGAGAAGUAUACCUAG